CUGCCUUAAUUAGCUCAAGUCAGAUACACACUUGUCACUAUUUUCGCUAACAAUUUUAAAAUGAACUUUACUUUCAGAAACAUUUUGGCCGUGAGCUACCUUAUCCUUAUGGCUAUUCUUCCUGUAACUGAAGCUGGAUUCGGCACUGGGCCUGGCACCGACCCAUAUGGAUUUGGAGACGUCUCUGAAACUUGCAAAUCAAUUUUUGCCACAAAAAGUUUCAAUCCGACAUGGGAAUCCGAUUUCCCCGAGUUUCAUUUCGUCAUGAUGAGCAAGGAGCAGUUGACCAGGUUGACGCAAAAUCUGCAUCACUCCAUCCAAGUGGACCCCAUCCCCCUCGAGGAUUUGAAGUACGCCUGCUUCAGUAUGACUCACACAAUUGCGCCCAACGGUACUCUACACACUGUCACCGGGUUUGGUGACUUAUCUCUGGAUUUGUUUGUCGCCUUGACUGGAUUUCCUGGUCUUUUUCGCUCCGAUCCAAUGUUUCCGACAAACGUUGCCAAUCUUGUGUCGCUGUCCCUCUCCAACGGCGUGUCGUUCACUUUAGGAGUUGUUUGUCACGAUGAUGGAGUUGGAGCUUGGAUAGUUAACUCGCCAAACUGGUCAAUUUCGGAGGAGGAUAUUUACGCCAUCAGCCAGCAUGUGGCAUCCUUGGGGUUUAAUAUGGAUAAUAUCGUGGUAAUGGACAAUUCCAAGUGUGGGGAUCAACAGGAUCUAAAAUCCUACAAUAAAUACACCACCCAGCAUCGGAAACCAAACCGAAAUGGGAACCAAAAUUGCAAAAGUCAGGCAUAUUGAUGGCUAAUAACUUAGACCGAGCUUUAGACCUUUUUAAAUUAAAAAACACUAAAAAUCACAUUUUGCAUUAAUGUAAGUUCUUAACCGCCGAGUUCUCAAUUUUAUCUUAAAAUUUAAAGCCUAACAUGUUCUUGCCAAAUAAUUAAAUAAAUAAGGUUAAAAUGCAUUAUUUUUUUUACAAAAAA